AUGAACUGUUCAGCUUCAGCUACCCAGACACAUAUCAUCUCCUCACUUCUUGUAUCUACAGUUAAUGUUAACUCUUCUCUGACCAUGUCAGAAAAUUUCCAAAAUCCACCUUUACUUGGAAUUGACAAUUCUCUGCAGGUCUCUCUUCCUGUGAUGAGCAAUGCUACUUCCCUAACAGGAAGAGUCUGCAACUUCUCCAGAGACUCUGGUCCAGAUGUCACUCCAGCAUGGCUAGAGCCAUCAGACUCUGACACCUCUUUCCAGUCACUCAUGGGUAAUGCCUACCUUUACCAACAUUGUAGCAUCACCAUGUCAUCUCAAUUUACUGGCCAGAGCCAAAUCUCUACUUCAGCUGCCAACAUAGUGGUUCCACUGUAUCCGUCAUUGCCUGCCAAAUUUGUUCAAGUUGCACCAUCUCAGAUACCAAAUCAAGGACAUAGUCUGUCAUUUCCCUACCAGGAAAGAAGUGAGGUCUAUUAUUAUAAUCAAAACAUAUUGGGGCCUCUGAUAUCUCUAGAACUUGUCUCCAGCCUGCAAUCCUAUGGCAGUGUUUCAUAUGCAGGGGGUAGGGCCUCUGUCCUUCAACCGGAAAUGGUGAUGGUACAAAAACAAGUUCAGACUGAAUGCGUCCUAACACCGGUUUCCACCUCUGGAGUCUUCCACUCUGGGACUGCUCAACCCAUCACAAAGGAGUUUACAAGGUCUUGUACAAUCCAAAAUUCCCACAGCCAACAAAGCCAGUGGUACAAACAACAUCAAGGUGGAAAAGUUCAGUACACUGGCCCAAUCAGAAAAAAGAAUGGAGUUAUUGAACUUGCCAAUGAAUUUCCAAAGGCUAAAAUUCAGCACCAGAACCCAAAGUGUCUACUGGAGGGAGAAGUGAUUGUGUUUACUGCUGCAUCCAGUGACAGACCUCCUGUGAACACAUCCAAGCAUUUUCACAUCGAACCUCCAAAAGCCACAUACAGCAGGGUCAGCAAAGCUAAAGGCCAUGGACAGGAAAAGAAUAAAAUUAUCAGUGAAAACAUCUCCAAUAAGGCUGAAGAGAGUAAGCAGAGAGGGAACAAAAGAAAGUCAGAGAAGACAACCAUUCCCAAAGCAAAGCACAACAGAAGUCAAUCUGAGCUUAGCCAAGAGAACUUUAAAAAGCCUCAAAGCUCCCUGGGCAUGCAACUGCUCGAAUCAGUGCAGGUCUUUCAUACACUAGGGAAUAAGAAUGAUAACUUCAUAGGGCCAUCUUCUUGUCAGGCCCUGGGAAACUCAAGCACCACCAAAGGCUCAAAGUGUUCUCCAGCUAUCAAAUCACAGCUGCAUACCCCACAUGAGUGCAAAGGGCCUAAAAAAUUUCAAGUUAAAGCCCCAAAACAAGACAGCAGUGUUGGCAAUGAAUGUCCAUCUCCACCAGUGUAUGAGAUGCCCCCACCUGGAAAGGUCAAGUUAGCACCUUUAGCUUUUCCAAGGCUGGACAAGUCUCAACCUCAACCUCCUUCUUGCAGGCCACAGUCUCUUCCUUCAUGUAGGCCCACUGCAUCCUACCCUGUCCAGCUUCAUUCCAACACAACCCAAUCUGAGGCAGUCAAUGCAUCUCAACCAGCUAGUGCCAACAUGUCUUCAAUUGGUCCUGCCAAACCAGCUUGGCCAAUUUCAAACAAUGCAACACUACUGGGUUUUACCAAGUCUAUCAAGCCUAGUGUAUCUCAGUCUGCUGCUGCUCUACCUACACCCUACAAAACAUCAUCUUGCACUUUUUUCCAGUGGGAGCCAGAAUGCACUGCUGUGACCAAGUUCCAGCCACAACAUAAGCUUCAAACCCAAAUUCUACUGCAAGAUUUUGGCUUGUAA